AUGAACCACGUAUCUCCUGCCCCUAAGACCAUGGAAAGCCGCCCUGUCGAUCUUAAAGCUGGUAUAGAUACGGAUGCAAGAGGGGCAGAUGUGAAAAAUCUCAAUGUCAACAACAAAGUCAAUGAAGGGCAGCCGAAGUCACAGGUCCCUGACCCUUGGAUAAACCCCCGGGGCAGAAGCAAUAUCAAACAUGGCAGGAGGAGACACAUCAAACCCCAAAAACCUACCAUUGUCCGCGCUGAAGAUAUCCGUAUCGAAGCUAUGGACCCAGACGAUCCAAGAUCGCAUCUUCCGGUCCCCCCUCAGAACAUACAAAAUAUACCGCGCGAGUCGCAGCACGGUUCAAUGAGUUGGACAGCCUGUUACGACGAUUCUUGCCGUAUCCAUUUCUCUGAUAAGGAGGGGAGCGGCUGGUUCCCCAAAGCGCCCCGUAGGCGGCGGCGCUAG